AUUUUAUUCGCUAAAUUAUAUAAUACCUUCAAUCUUAAAUUUGAGUCAUCAAACAAAUACUAUUUUAUUAUGUGAUUUUAGCAUUUGAAAAUAUCAUACAAAUGCUAAAAUUAAACAAAAAACCAUAAUAUAACUUUGUAUUGUUAAAUGUUUUAAAGGAUGAUAUUAAAUAUUUUCCUAAGGUAUUUGUAUCAGCGUACAUAAUAAUACACACAUAAUGAUGAAAGUACUGAUAAUUAUCAUCCUAAUUUUGGUGUACAAUGCAACAAUAGCAGAAUAUCUACAUUCGUACAAUCUAACGGAACAUAAGAUAUUACCGACUAACAGUACAUAUACAGAAAGUAAUAUAGAAUCCAAAAUCACACAGACUACUACAAAGAGUAAUAUUGGACCAUACGGUAAACAGAAGGAAAAAAUUAAAAGUUCCUUACCAAAGCCUGUUAAAGGAUUAUUAAUUGCUAUCGUGAUAUUGACAUUAUUUUUACGAGUAUUCUAUAUCUGUUGCUGUACAACUCCACCAGAAUCUGAAGGGUAUAGAAAUAUGCUAUCAAUGAAUAGCAAAGAUAUCUCACCAAAGUAUAAAAAAGAUAGAAGAGAUGAUUUUGCCAUUGAAAUGUCGAGUAUUGAUUAAUGACACAUGCUUCAGAAAGUAUCACUUAUCGUUACAAAAGUAAUGGACGUUAAAUCCGUUUAUUGUAUACCAGCUUCAAACCAAUGAUUUAAUAACAUUAACGAUAGUAACGAGAACGACAAGUUAGAUGAGGGAUACAUAUCAAUAUGGAACAGAAAUGUUCUAUAAUUUAAUUAUUGCAACACUUGGGAUUACACACCCUGUCUCUGUUUUAUGAAAUUAAUUUCAAUACAUUUUUAAACAAUUUUAAUUUU